CGCUAUUCAAAAUACGUAGAAGAAGUCAAGAAUACCAAAAACCAUGGCGGCAUGAAAUUUGUCAGCUGUGGGACACCGUACAUGUAGCUUUCCUGUGGAACUCCUAGUAGACAGUCUGCAGUAAGCAGUAAGAUGGAUACUGGGGAGGCUCCUGCUCAGCGGCCAGUCACCCUGGACAUCACAGUGGAGGAUGUAAACAAGGACGCUCCGGGCCCCCCGCAGCCAGACUCAAGCGAGACCCCUUCCAGAGACAGCGUCCUGCCCCAGGAAGACAGUAUCGACCUAGGUGGGGAGUUUGCCACCCCCCAGGAGGACAGCAGUGCCACACCUUCUGAAAGCCUGAUGGACAAGCUCAAUGACCAGAUGAUGGAGAGUGUCAUGAUUUCUGACUCACCCAAUAACAGUGAGGAGAAUGAUGUGGCUCCUAUUGACUCUUUUCUGGAUGGAGGGGAGGAGGAGAGUGGAGGAGAGACCUCAGGAGACAAAGAGGAACAACUUGAAACUGGACAGAAUACAACUGAGAUUAAAGUUUCUGUGGAGGAACAGGACAUGGAUGGUUCUGAAGAGAAAGUAGAAGAGGACACAAAGAAGCAGGCAGACACACAAGAGGAAGACACGGCCCGUGUUUCACCUCAAGGUGACACACAGAGCCCAUCUGAUCUUAAAAAUGAGGAACCAGCAGCACAGUCAGCCAGUGGUACUAGCCCAAAAGAAGAACCUGUACCAGUGUGCACCAUAUUCAGCCAUGGCACUCAGCCGAAGUCUCUGGUGCCUGAUGGCUUCCAGCCCACCCUUAUCAAGUCUCCCAGUUUUAGCAUGGGAAGUGGUGGGGGAAGCGAUGAGGCGGUGACCCCCAGCAAGCUGACAGCCCCCCUUGUGUGCCAGCCCAGCCCCAGCCUCAGUAAGUUUUUCACUGACAAUGGGCAGACCAAUCCAGCUUCUGACUUUUUUGAUUCCUUUACCACCCCGUCCUCCUUCAUUUCCGUUUCCAAUCCCAACGCAGAGAUCCCUUCAGGUGCCAGCCCUGCACCCAUAGCCCCUACCCCUGAUCGCCAGCUCUCUUCCACUUCUUCCUCUAUUUCCACUGCUGGAGGAUCCUUGGACUCUGGUACUCCCACCCCUAGCACAGUGUUUUGCCCUGCUCCUACCGAUUCAACCUCCAAGCCCCAACCUCCUCUUCCCCAAAUGGUCCCAGCUCCAGCGCAAGCCCCCGCCUCAGCCCCAACUACUCACCCACAGCCCUUCAACCAACUGCAAGCUGUAUUCUCGGGCAAUGACGACCCAUUUGCGACAGCACUGAGCCUGAGCGAGGUGGACAGGCGCCACGAUGCCUGGUUGCCAUCUGAGGAGACCAGGAAGGUGUUGAUCUCUGUGGCCACCCAGCAGUACAGCCCAGCUUACAUAGAGUCCAACAGACUCACAAUGCCUGGACUCAAGUUUGACAACCUACAGGGUGAUGCUGUGAAAGACCUAAUGCUUCGUUUCCUGGGAGAACAGGCAGCAAUGAAGCGACAAGUUCUCACUGCGAACUCUGUGGAGCAGUCCUUCACAGGCCUCAAACAGCUUGUGGUAAGUCACUCCCCAUACCUUUUGUGCAUGUGUAAUUUGAUGUUCUGUUCUGUUCUGAGGUUCAGAACAUCAUUCACUUUGAAAUGAAACCUGACAUAUACAAAAGAAAGAAGAAAUCGGUGCCUUUUUAAUUUUGUAGUAUAA